AUGUGGAGUGGGUUUUGGAGGCUGGGUUGAGUUCAGCGGGGGAGAAGCAGCAGUGGUCAAAGGUAUCUCACCUGGAAACUGUCUCACAGUCUCUCAGUCUCUCAGUGUGGAAUCUGGUCCCUGAUCCGAGCAGACGACAUGACUCCGCUUCUGUACCUCGGAGGACUGGUCGCGUUGCUGCUGCUGUGGAUCAGAGUCAAAGGUCUCGACUACGUGAUCGUUCACCAGAGGUGGAUCUUUGUUUGUUUGUUCCUGCUGCCGCUCUCCGUCAUAUUCGAUGUCUAUUACUAUGUGCGCACGUGGCUCAUAUUCAAGAUGUGCUCUGCGCCCAAACUGCACGACCAGCGCGUGCGAGACAUCCAGAGACAGGUGCGUGAGUGGAGGAAGGAGGGGAGUAAGACCUACAUGUGCACCGGUCGGCCCGGCUGGCUCACCGUGUCUCUCAGAGUGGGCAAAUACAAGAAAACACACAAAAACAUCAUGAUCAAUAUGAUGGACAUUCUGGAGGUGGACACAAAGAAGCAGGUGGUGAGAGUUGAGCCGCUGGCCAACAUGGGCCAGGUAACAGCUUGCCUCAACUCCAUUGGCUGGACUCUGCCAGUGCUGCCGGAGCUGGAUGAUCUCACUGUGGGUGGUUUGGUGAUGGGUACAGGCAUUGAGUCGUCCUCUCAUAUUUACGGCCUGUUUCAGCACAUCUGUGUUGCAUAUGAACUGGUGCUAGCUGAUGGCAGUUUAGUUCGCUGCACUGAGGAGGAAAACUCCGACCUGUUCCACGCUGUCCCGUGGUCCUGUGGUAGUCUGGGAUUCCUGGUCGCAGCUGAAAUAAAAAUAGUCCCCGCUAAGUCGUGGGUGAAGCUGAACUAUGAGCCGGUCAGAGGGCUGGAGAACAUCUGCAAGCGCUUCACCGAAGUGUCGGAGAACAAGCAGAACACGUUUGUCGAGGGCCUCCAGUACAGUCUGGACACCGCUGUCAUCAUGACGGGAACCAUGACUGACCACGCAGAGCCUGAUAAGAUUAACAGAAUCGGGCUGCACUUUAAGCCCUGGUUCUUCAAACACGUGGAGGGCUACCUGAAGAGCGACCACACUGGAGUGGAGUACAUUCCUCUCAGACAGUACUACCACAGACACACACGCAGCAUCUUCUGGGAGGUUCAGGACAUCAUCCCAUUCGGUAACAAUCCGGUCUUCCGCUGGAUUUUCGGGUGGAUGGUUCCUCCUAAGAUCUCUCUGUUGAAGCUCACACAGGGAGAGACCAUCAGGAAGCUGUACGAACAGCACCACGUGGUCCAGGACAUGCUGGUUCCCAUGAAGCAUCUGCAGGACGCCAUCACAUGCUUCUACGAGAACAUCAGAGUUUACCCUAUGUGGCUGUGUCCGUUCCUGUUGCCAUCAGGCAGAGGGAUGGUUCAUCCCAAAGGUGAAGAGGAGGAGCUGUACGUGGAUAUCGGGGCUUACGGAGAACCUAAAGUCCAACACUUUGAAGCUAAAGAAUCAACACGUCAGCUGGAAAAGUUUGUGAGAGAUGUGCACGGGUUCCAGAUGCUGUAUGCAGAUGUGUACAUGGACCGAGAGGAGUUCUGGGAGAUGUUUGAUGGACAACUGUAUCACAGACUGAGAGAGGAACUGGGCUGUAAAGAGGCCUUUCCCGAGGUUUACGACAAAAUUUGUAAAUCUGCUCGACACUGACAACCCCCCCCCCCAUCACUGUUACCUGAUCUCAUCUCAGCUCUGUGUCACACAAACACAGAGACAAUGUCUGCAACUCACAAUAUGAAGACAUUUCCUCUAAAGCAAUACGCUCUUUUACACAAAGAUACAUAUCAGACUUUUCUAUGGUGGAAUUAAGCUUUGUACAAACAAGCUAAAACACUAGACUGUGUCUUUAAGGUUCAGUGAUUUGAAUUUAGAAACAUCUAGUGGUGCAGUUGCAUGUUGCAGCUGAACACCCCUCACCUCACCCUCCUCUUCCAAACAUGAAAGAGAACCUGUGAUAGCCUUCAGUUGUCAUAGAAACUCAAAGGGGGUUUAGUUUGUCCAGUCUGGGCUACUGUAAGAAAACAUGGUUGCCUUUAUAGAGAGGGCCCGCUCCAGAUAGAAAUAUAAAGUAUUUGAAUAGAAAGGCGCCAUUCUAGGGUAAAGAAAACAACAAUUUGUAAAAUUUAGAUGAAACACACUAGUGAAACAUGACGAGGAUUAUUUUAUAUUCAACUACUGCCAAUAUAUCACUUUCUUACACACUGGACCUUUUAAGAACGCUCUCCUAUCAAUGUGAAACAGGAACACAAGUAUCAUUAAGCUUUUAAGUCAUGAAUGUAUUCACUAUUUCCUUUUACUGUGCACAAGUAUUUAACACUCAUGGUUAAAUUUGCAGCUUGAAUAAAAAACGUAUAUGUAUCAUGUGCUUGUUUCAGAGCGUACUGCACCAAAUGUCUUAUUUUUUCCCCUUCUUUUAAAGUGUGUUACAUAACUUUUCCCUGUUACAUACCUUAAUACCCAAGUGCCAUACACUCUGAAAACAUUACCUCCUAAUUAACUUCAUACAGACAACUUAAAAUACAUGCUAGUGAAUGUAGUGUCCAGAUAAAAACAAACUGUAAAAUACUUGCUUCUAUUUUGAUAUGUAAAUGAGAAUGCAUCUCAUUGAACCAUUGAAUGUAACAGUAUCAGACCCUUUUGGUUUUUAAAUGUACAUUACAGAGUGGUUUCCCCAUUGUCCUUUAUUUCUCAGAGAAUAAUUUAUGGAUCCUGAUGAAAAUAAAUCAGGACUGAUAUUAAUGAGUGUGUGAAAUUUUGUGCAGAUCCAAAUAAAAAUGCUGGUCUACUGA